AUGCCUUCUGCUACCACCAUAUGUUCAAUUGCACUGAUUGCAUCAUGCAUCUCAAUGUUAGCUGCACCGAUCUUUGCCCACGACCUGCCCGGGGGCGGGCUUGGUGGCUUCAGGGGAGGGCCCGGUGGCCCAGGAGGCAGGCUCGGUGGCCUAGGAGGCGGGUUUGGUGGCCAAUGGGGCGGGCUCGGGGACCCUUUGGGUGGGCUAGGGAAUGGUCAAUGCCUAGCAUCUCUGAACGGUGUCCAUGGGUGUGCCCAAGAUGUGUUGGUAUCCAUCUUGACCCUUCAAUUCCGACUAAUCGGGCCGGCAUGUUGCCAGGCCAUCGUCAACAUUGAUGAUAACUGUUGGCCCAAGGUGUUGCCUGUCAGCCCAAUAUUCCCCCUUAUAAACUAUUGCACAGAAAUUGUUCCCAGGUUUCCACAACCAACACCACCAACAGUGUAA